AUGMCCUUGAGAACAGCAGGAAGUGUGUUGGUGGUCUUUCUCUGGUCUGUYYCAGUGGAACUGGGUCAGGAUGGCUGGAGUGUGACUUAUACCACUCAGAGUAUCUGUACCUUGAAGGGGUCAACAGUGGAGAUGUCCUGCUCUUACACAUAUCCCAGUGGUACAGUCACAACAACCUUCUGGUUCACUGAAUGGGGGACUGGUGUAGAACCUAAAGAUCUAGGUCAGGACCCAGAGUAUGCAGGUCGUCUGGAGUAUCAUGGGGAUAAGAAGAAAGACUGUACCCUGAAAAUCACAGACCUGAGAGAGAGUGACUCAGCUACGUACAGGUUCAGAUUUAUAACAGAUCAGGAAGGAGGGACAUAUACUGGCAGUCCUGGAGUCACUCUGUCUGUCACAGGUCUUCAGGUGAAGGUGACUGGUGGACAUCAGGAUAAGACACUGACCUGUAUCACCACCUGUACUCUGACUGACAACCCCACCUACAUCUGGUACAAGAACGGACAACAUCUAGAUGAGAGCACCUCCCCCCAGUACAAACACUCAGUCUCCAGUAACUAUGAAGAUGGCUACUCCUGUYCUGUAAAAGGUGUCCAGAGUCAUUACUGCAACAUGGUGACUUACACCAAGAGGACAAUAUGUGCCUUGAAGGGGUCAACAGUGYACAUAUCCUGUACUUAUGGCAGUGGUUAUGAUACCGUUCCAUCAUCACUCUGGUUUAGUCCUAAACAGAGUGACAGCUGGAGAGAUAAGUUGAUCCCUGAGGACCUAACCACAGACCCAGGGUAUGCAGGUCGUGUGGAGUAUGUUGGAGAGAAGGAGAGAGGUCGCUCCACCCUGAGAAUCACAGAUCUGAGAGAGGACGACUCUGCUGAGUACAAGUUCAUAUUCAACACACAGACAUCAAGAUGGGGAUACAGCUUCCCUGGAACAACUCUGAACUGUCCACAGAAGUAA